AUGACUUCAACCAGAGCCUUGGCCAAAAUAGCAGUCAUUUUAUAUGCCAUCUGUUUCUUCAUAAAUGCUGAUGGAAAAGCUGUCAGGAAGAGGUCUGUAAGUGAAAUGCAGAUUAUGCACAAUUUGGGGGAGCACUUGCAUUCUGCAAACAGGCAAAACUGGCUCAUUGAGAGACUGCAGACCGUGCACCAUGCUCCUCAAGUCGCUGAAGAAACAGCUGUGGAUGCUAAGCCCCGGGAGGUCAGAAGCUGGAGACUGCUUCCUGAUCAUCUGCAGGCAAAGAUGCAGAAGAAACCAAAGGAUUGGAACAAAGGUUACAGGGACAGCACGUUCAAAACAAAAUCACAGUAA